AUGGAAAGUCCUCUAACUGAAGAUGUGCUUAAUGGCUCUCCAUCGCUCAAAAUCCCACUGGAAACUAUUAAUAAAGAAAUUGCAGAGUUUCUUGAUUCAUUGGAAUCUCAACCCAAGUUUAAUCCCAACAUAAAAUUUGAUCCAAAUGAGCAUAUUCUCUACAAGGAUGAAGACUACGACACUUUCCGUAAGUUGACCUUGCAAGACUUAGGUAUACACAAGACUCACGUGCCUCGAGUCUCGGACUUGGCUGUAACCGACCCCUUCCCAUUGUUCACAAAAGAAGCUUGUGAUAUGAUGAAAUGGGAAUCUUUCCAAUUGAAAUGUCUUGAUAAAUAUGGAAGGCUUCCAAAACUCGCCAGAGGGUUCACCUCGUUGGAUUUUCAGAUAUGUGGGUAUAUUAACCAUGCUCCUUUCACAAAGGCAGCCUGGACCCAUCCCAGAACUCAAGAGAUUCUCAACAAUAUUGCUGGAAUCAACUUGAAAAUCAUGUUUGACUAUGAAAUCGCCCAUAUAAAUGCUUCUUUGAUCAACAAGGAUUUCCCUGUAGGCCAAAAAAUGGGAGAAGAAGCGGAUAUGGCCACGAUUUACGACUGGCACUAUGACUCCAACUCGUUUGUCAUCGUGUUGAUGUUGUCUACAAACGAUGAUAUGAUUGGGGGAAAAACAGGUUUGAUCGAUGGAAAUGAAAGGGUCAUUAGUAUCAGCGAACCAAAGGUCGGCUACGCUUGCCUUUUACAAGGAAGAGUUGUAAGGCAUGUUGCUACCAAACCGGUGACGAACCACGAAAGAAUUUCCUCCGUAGUUGGGUAUAUUCCAGAAUCAGUAGAAAUCACAGAUACAACGGUGUUAACUUCGUUCAAGCCUUCAGUGCUCCCUCGUUCUAUCCAUGAUGAAUAUUACCCGGCUUGGUGUGAAUAUCGGUUUUCCAGAUUGGAGGAAAUGUUAAAGCACAAGAAAGAACAGUUGAAGAGAAAGGAGGGCCAUUUCGAUCAAAAGGACGUAAUUGCCUUCUGCAAACAACUCGAGGAUUAUGUACUAAAAACAUACAACGAGUUUGAAUUGUAUGAUAAUCCUCCUUACCCUCCCAAAAUAUACUCUACUCCAUAUAACGAUUUGUGAUAAUGAUAAUAGUACAUUGAAUAAAAUUACAUAGAUUAUAAAUAGGGUACGAAAUCCAAGUUUUUCUUAUCUCCUCUCCAGCCAGCCUGAAUCUGUCUAUACGAGUUUUCCACAGUUGUGGCUCCAAAACUAAUCAUGGAUUUAAAAUACAAUUGGAUCCGUAGUCUAUCAACCUUGUCGACACAGCACAAGCCACAUUUCAACAAGGAUGAAUGGAGCAUGAGCAAUCUUCUAUCGUGAAGAAUGGGGUUCGCCUUGAUGACAGCAUCGAAAUCAAAAGUGUCCAGGUUACUGAAAUCAAUACCAUGGUAAAAGUGGCACAUGUCCAAUAUUUUGUGAACCACGUCCUGGACCAAUAGACUCUCAACCGGCAAAUUAAAAUACAUAGGAUCUGUUAACACAGUCAAGUAUAGCCCCCUUAGGUGGAUUUUAUCACUAAUAUCAAACCAAGAGAACACAAUGUCGUCUUUAUAUCCAUAAGUUUCAUAAGGAAGAAAGUUUAUCCCAUUUGUCUUGGGAUGGUAUGGACUUGUAGGCUCAAUGAGCCCAUUUUGAGAAGUGACACUGAGUUUCAAUGCUUGUUCAGCCAAAGAAGCAAUUUCCAACAAGUCAUCUGAAUCUGCUAUUUUGAAUGCACUGUUUUUGAUCUUGAGGGACAACUUCAAGAAUCGAAUAAAUAGAAAAACAGUUGCAGAAGACUGGCCUAGAAAAACGUUAUACCCGCUGGGUAAUACAAGACCCAAUUGUAUGGCCAAGUUCCAAUCAUCUUUGUAUAGAAUUGGUAACAAUAUAUCCUCUAAGAGCUCUUCCGUUUUGAUAGAGCCACCUACAGGGUUUGUCAUGGAGGCAAUGAUUUCGAAUGAUGCAAACCAAGUGGUAGCUAUCAAGAUAACUGGUGAGGAUACCUUGCGAAUGGACAAGUAUUGUUUGAAAAGAUUGUUAGCGCCCCGCAAAUGGUCUCUCCAGGAGCCAUUAGUGGCUGCAGCUGUUUGGGUAACAAAC